GGCUUUUUAUGAAUGUGAAAUCGCAAGCUAUUUGCUGACCUAUCAAAAUGUUAAUCUGGUAUGCUGCUGUCUGUAGCCUUGUUCUGUGGAGCCAAGUCAAUGCAGGAAAAUACAGUAGGAACUGAAACACAUGCUAAUUGCAUCAUAGAGCUGUUGCUCCUGAAAGCCUGGCUCGUAUUUUUCAAACGAACACCAAACUUACUUUAUAUUUUAUCACGCCACUCUUUAUAACAAUUCAGGGUUCAGUGCCACAAGUGGAAGAAGAGUUAAUAACAUCCCUGAUUCUGCCAGGAGCUUUUAGCUGUUCUCUCUCACCGGCCAUGUGCCCCUUCUUAAAAAAACAAACCCUGCAGUACAUAUGCUUUCUACAGCACCUUACCCGGUAACCAGAGACACAUAGCACCUGGCUGGUACAUAAAACAAGAGACUCUGCGAAAGUAGGACCUUCCAGUGAAGACAACAGCAAGGCUCCCAGAGAUGGGAGACCAAAGGGCUAUUUUAGCUGCCAAGGAAGGAGACUUGCCUAUGCUGGAGCAGCUGCACAUCGAUGGUACUCUGGACCAGAACAUCACUGACUGCUCGGGAGCAGGCCUGGUGCAUCAUGCGUCACGAGCAGGCAGGCUGGAGUGCCUCAAGUUCCUGGUACUGCAAGCAAAGCUUCCCGGGAAUCAGAGAGCAAACAAUGGUGCAACCCCAGCACAUGAUGCAGCAGCCAUGGGCAACUUGGCUGAGCUGAAGUGGCUGAUCAAAGAUGGAGGCUACAGCAUGCAGGAGCAGGAUGCUUCAGGGGCUUCUCCCCUCCACUUAGCUGCUCGCUUUGGACAUCCAGAGGCCAUUGAGUGGCUGGUCCAGGCAGGCUUUGACACUGCGAUGAAGACAAGGGAAGGUGCCGUGCCAGCUCAUUAUGCAGCAGCUAAGGGCGAUCUCACUUGCCUCAAACUGCUGGUCGCUGCGGACCACAGUUGCGUGAACAAGCAAACUCAGAGUGGAGCUACCCCGCUGUAUCUCGCCUGCCAGGAGGGCCACCUGCACAUCGUCCAGUUCCUGGUGAAGGACUGUGAGGCUGAUGUGCACCUGAGAGCACAUGAUGGCAUGACAGUGCUCCACGCAGCUGCCUGUAGCGGUCACUACGCUGUUGUCGUCUGGCUGGUUACCUUCACUGAUCUCGGCCUCACAGCACAGGAUGCAGAAGGAGCCACUGCCCUCCAUUUUGCUGCCAGAGAGGGACACACUGCAAUUGUUGACAGACUCCUCCUUAUGGGAGCUAACGUGGUGCUGGACCAUUGGGGAGGAACCCCACUCCACGAUGCAGCUGAGAAUGGGCAUCUCGAGUGCUGUCAAACCCUGAUCUCCCACCAAAUAGAUCCAGGCAUCCAUGACAGGGAUGGUUACACAGCGAGAGACCUGGCAGAAUACAAUGGACACAGGCAGUGUGCAUGUUACCUACAAGAAGCAGAGAAGCUGAUCCAGCAACCAAUGAGACCUCUUCAAUCAGAUGUAAGUGCUGCAUCAAAUAUGCAGAAAAAAGAUAUUAAUAGAGCACCUGCUUCAAAGUCGUUCGACAUGGUGAAACCCACUGAAUCAAACAAAUCACUGAUUCCCGAGCUGAAGAUCAAUAAAUCUCUGCAGAAGGCGAGAAUCACCACAUUGUUCUCAAGCUCUGGUGAGAAGAGAGAGACACCAGAUGCUGCAGUACCAGGCAACCUGCUCUCAAUGCUGGAUGAGCUAGGAACAUCGGACAUUGAUGCCUUGGUGCCUACUCAUGAUGAGCAAGGUUGUUCAAUUCCAGAGUGGAAGCGGCAGGUGAUGGUGAGGAAAUUACAGGCGCAGCUGGCAUCCGAAGAAGGGAUGGGCAGGAAGAACAAGGAAAAUUGCACACUGGAGAUGGAUGACUGGCAAUACUCUCAGUCUUACAAUGCCAUCCUGGGCCCUUUUGGGGAAUUACUCACUGAAGAUGACCUGCUGUACUUAGAGAAGCAGAUUGAGAAACUGCAGAUGAAGAAGAAAUGCCAGGAGUAUGAGAGUGAGCUAGGACGCCUGACAGAGGAGCUGCAGACUGUUCUCCCUGCUCCCGUCGUCAAUAUCACAGUCAACCGUCAGUUUCUGCAACAGGGCUCAGAGGAUGGCAGCCAGGGGCUCCCUGCCUGGUGCAGUCAUGUGUCUGGACUGGUGAAAAGCAUGUCCAUGCUGCUCACCAAUGUCAAUGGCAUGAAAAAAGCAGCUAAUGAGAAGCCAGCUCUAAGGGAUUCCCAUAAGUCAAGCAAGACCAAGUGUAUUUCAAGUGGCACUGUCAAGAGAGAAAUCCUGGAGUGUGGCGUCUCUGUCAGGAAUCUGAGGGGCAAUUUUGAAAAGCAGGAUCUUUGGAAACAAGACAAAGCUUUUGAGCAGCGAGGGUUGAAUGCCAUUCCCUGCGAACAUGGAACAGCCAAGGAGUCAUCCUCUCAAAUGUUUCUAGGUACCUGUAAAAACAAGAAGCAAUUGGUUUGUGAGGAACAUGAGUUUGGAGACCUGGAGAAUGCCAGUGAUUCUGGCAUCAGCUGUGAGGGAGCCUCCUCUGUGAGUGGUUCUUGCGUCUCAACAGCAGAGUCUAGCAACCUCCGAAAAGAGCGCAUUGUGCUUCUUUUUCUCAGUCACUGGAAGAAAUCUGCCUAUACGCCUUCCUUGAAACUCAUGGCCAGGAGGACUCUUGACACCCAGCUGCCUGGAAAAAUGGGACUGGUAGACGUGAUGGCAGAGCUCAAGAAACAGCAGCCUCCAAUGCAGAAGCCCUUGGUGGAAAUGAACAAGCUUGGCCAUUUAGUUCAACAGAGAUACGCUAUCAAGAAUCUCAUCAGUCACUGGAAAGACAUCAUCUCCCUUGUACCAUCUCGACAGAUCAGGCGCCUCAAUCACCGGCAUGCAAUCUACUCUCCAGAACAAUUCUUGCCAUAUGUCAAUGGUGAGCCUAUUGAUUACAAUAGCUUAACUCUUGACCUGUUUAUGCUCGGCUAUUUCCACAUCCUAGAGCUGGACCUCUCUCCAGAAGAACGUAAGGCUAGGCAUCUCCUUUGCUUCGAAGUUUUUGACCACUUGGGUGAGCAUCGGUGGGAAACAGUUCGGGCCUUCCACAAAGCAGUGAUUGAUGAGAUUGCUGCAGGUAAAAGAAGCUGGAAAGACAGUUUUGAGGAUAUUAAGAAACAAUUUUUUGGUAAUAACAAGGACCCAGCUGUGAACAUGGAAACCAAAAGAUCACCAGUGGAAACAAAUCUGAAACCAAUACCCAAAACAAGAGUCCCAAGCAUCUCUCUGGAGGAGGGAGACUCUGCCCCUGGAAAAUGCUUUGAACUAGAUACCUUUAGCAAUGAUGAGAUCUGCAGGUAUAUAAACAGGAGUUUUGCUUUCUGGAAAGAAAAAGAAGCAGAGAUCUUUAGCUUAGAGGGGUGAGGAUCUUUACAUUAGCAGUCUUUAUUUGUGAAUAGGUGUCUAUAAGAUUCAGAAUGCACAGAGCGGCCUGUCAGCACUAUGACAUGGAAUAAGACAUCGACUGUUCAUUUUGCAAAUGGCUACAAAUGCCUGCAAGAUUAAUUUGCAAAGGGGUAAACGACAAGUGAUACAGAUGAAGGGUCAAGCCUUCACUUCCUCUCCGUUGCUUCUUCAGUUUUAAAAAAGGAGCAAGAAGUAUCAGUUUUUCAUUACAUAUGGAUUCCCUUGACACAAGCACCCUGAAAAGGGCAAAAAGACUAUGCCCACUCUGAUGUCAAUGCAAGUUUAAAAAUAAUAAUAAACAUAACGGAGAACAGAAAGAAAAAAGUGAAAAACUUCCCUCCCAUCUUCCAUCCUGAGUAAAGCUGACAGGGCUUAGGAAGCGGUGGGUUCUCUGCCAUGAAAUAUUCACCUUGGGAUUGCUUAGUUUGUAUUCAGUGUGUCUUUGUAAGAGUUCAAAAAGAGAUAAUGAGUUUUCCAGAUAUUUCCAUUAUAUCUAUAUUUAUAAGUUACAGUGUAUUAGCAAAAUGAUCCAACCUGGGAAGGCCCCCAAGCCUGUUUCUUUCGCUGUUUCUCUUUUCAUAUCUUCAGAGGACUCACCAGAGAUAUCAACUGUUGUUAUCCACUUUGGGCAUGUAUUUGAGUCUCUUUGGCAUCUGCUGCAAUUAGUCAUUUACUGCUGAACCAGAAAUGCACAGGCCUCAUGUUCUGCUACUUGCUCACUAGGCUUCAUGGACUUAAAACACCUGAAUGGUUGUCCAAGUAUAAAUAAUUUCAUUUUGUAACUGUACAUACAUUUUCUAUUUUAAAUUAGGUUGCGUGUUUAAUAAAAACAUUUCUCUCAGUAGAAACAAAAGGUAUUUCCAUCAAAUUAUUACUUAGAGAAAUCACUAGGUUGUGUGUGUUCUUAAAAAAAGAUCAGAAAUAAUGCAGGGGUUUUUUUACUUGGGAAUCUCCAUCUAGAAACACAAAACUAGUGUCCGCUUCUUACAGAAGGAAAUACAAUGGGCUUGUUUAGGGACUGCAUGAAACCACUCUUAGUAUACUGUCAAUAAUGAUGGCAAUGGGGUAUUGCCUGCCCUUCACUCUUAAGGCCCCAGGGCAGGUUAGAACAAUUUAAAAUACAACACUAGAAAUGGUUUAAAAUGUACAAUUUAAAAUUUAAAAUUAUGAAAUGUAGGGAACAAAAUUUCUGUGCUUAUCACUGCAGUAACAAUUGCUAAGAUAUACAAGGAAGAGACUGAUCCAGUGUGCUGGGAAUGGGCAAAUAGAAGAGCUCUUGGGUGCACGAAGCAUCAGUCAGGCUGAGUCACCACAGAACCUCCAUACAUUUCCUUUUGCCUGCCCAUUGCCACAGUCAGACCCUUAAUUUAUGACGUGAUGUGGGACAGUAAAAGUAGCUCACUCUUUACUGUAGGUGGAAAUGCUACCCUCUCUGACUGUUGCCCUGGUUUAUUUGUGGACAUUCUUGGGAAAGCAGCAAGGCACAACAUAGGCAAUCCACUGCAAGCUCUAGUAUAAGCUCACUGGACUAUAUUUAGCAGCCAACAGUGUGAUUGGCAGAAAGGUUUACAGAAUGAGAGUGAGUGCUUGAAUCAUCGUCACUGAAUAAAUGCGGGGAUGAGGGACCUUUCUUUACAUUGCUAUCCUUUUGUACAGUUUCUAAUUAAAUAACAGGACAUGUGUUGAAUCAUAUUUCUGGCAGUCCAUGGCUCACAAGCUACCCCCCCUCCUGAAUUUUGCACUUUAGACUAUUAGUUCAAAAAGGCACACAUCUAUAGUGCAUUGGUCAGAACCAUCACACAUUCUCAUGUUCUUUUGCAUUUCUCCCAGCCUGCCAAACAGGUGUGUGUGUGUGUGUGUGUGUGUGUGUGUGUCUGUGUCUGUGUCUGUGUCUGAAUGUGUGAAUGGCUUCACCCCACACUGGCUCUGGCCUCUCUUACUGGAAUGCAGGCCCUUUCAGGGGUCCAGAGAUGCCCAAAUCACUUCCAGAUUUUGAUGCCUCUAGCAGCAGCAACUGCGGCGAUGAAGACAGCAACACAUGACAACGAACGAAAACAAUAUAAGGCACGAAAAAGAGUGAGUGGUUUAUAUAAUCAUACAUUUUGAAAGGGCAUGUUUGUAACCCAACAUUGUGCCAUCUAAACCAAUAUAUUUUUUCUUUUCUUUUCUUUUGACAUUCUUAACUCUUAACUGUGAUUAUGUAUCCGCUAACAAAAGAAUUAUAUCUUUUGCAAAACUGAAUCUCCUAUUUGCUUUAAUUUGCAGCUUUAAGUGAGGCAGCGUGUCACAUUUUGGUCCAAUUCACACAAAAACAUGUUGUGAAACUUACCAGAUGCCAAAAGAACCCCAGUAAGUGUCUAAAUGUAAGGUCCCUUUGAAAAUGAGGCCCAGGCCCAGUGCCACCCCCCGCCCCGAUUGGCCCUGGGGGCAUGCAGCUCC